AUGAUCAGAGAUCGCAUUGUUGUAGGAAUUUGUGACACCUCCCUGGCUGAGCGUUUGCAGAUGGACGCCGAGCUGACAUUGGACAAAGCCAAGAAAACAGUUCGACAGCGGGAAGCCAUUCGGAAGCAACAUGGGAUCUUGCAAGAGUCGCCAAUCGAGUCAGUGAAUUACACGGGACACCCCUUCCACAGGAGAGUACAGAAACCACCUGGUAAGAAACCAUUCACAUCCAGCAAGGCAGGAGCUACAAAUUCAGGGAGCCUCACCAGCUGUACACGGUGUGGACGGUCACCAUCACAUGCACGACAGGAAUGCCCAGCCAAGGAUGCGACGUGUCACAGGUGUAAGAAAAGAGGCCAUUACAACCAGCAUUGUUUCUCAAAGGCAGUUGCAGACGUCAUGGAGGAAAGAGAGGCUGAAGAAUGUUGUGAUGUGUCGUAUUUGUACACAGUUAACCUGGAACAAGGAAACUCUUGGAACAGCACUAUUUCAGUGGAGGGUCAACAAACUUCGUUCAAGUUGGAUACAGGAGCAGAGGUUACCGUUAUCUCAGAACAUACCUUGCAGGCUCUGAACCCACAGCAAAUCCAGAAAGCUACGCGAAAAUUAUGUGGGCCAGAUCGGAAGCCGUUGGAGGUUUUAGGGGAGUUACCUCUUACCUUAAGCUACAAGGGUAGGUCAUGUGUCCAGAAAGUAUAUGUGGUAAAAGGGCUACAGCGCAAUCUCCUUGGUCUUCCGGCAAUCACAUCAUUGAACAUACUUGUUCCAGUCAACUUGGUCGCCUCGUCAGUACCAGAUCAGUAUCUUCCAAUGUUCAGAGGGCUAGGCACAUUCCAAGAAUCUUAUGAAAUCAAGCUGAAGUCAGGGGCUAAACCCUUAGCUCUGUUCACCCCAAGGAACGUCCCACUGCCUCUCAGACAGAGAGUCCAAGAAGAAUUAGCCCGGAUGGAGUCUUUGGGAGUCAUCUCAAAGGUGGAUCAGCCAACAUCAUGGUGCGCUGGAAUGGUCGUAGUUCCAAAGAAAUCAGGGGCGAUUCGUAUUUGCGUUGACUACAGGCCACUGAAUGAGAGUGUUUUGAGGGAAGUCUACCCUCUUCCAAAAGUUGACCACACACUGGCUUGUUUGGCCGGAGCUACGGUAUUUAGCAAGUUGGAUGCCAACUGUGGGUUUUGGCAGAUUCCACUGGCCGAGGAAUCCAGACCGCUCACCACAUUCAUUACGCCGUUCGGGAGAUUCGCCUUCAACAAACUACCUUUCGGUAUAUCUAGUGCGCCUGAGCUGUUCCAGCGGCUCAUGAACGGCAUCUUAUCUGGCCAAAAAGGAGUCCUUUGUCACAUGGAUGACGUCCUAGUUUUCGGACGCACACAAGAAGAGCACGACUCCCGACUCCACGCUGUCCUGCAGAAACUGCAGAAGUCUGGAUUAACCCUAAACCGCACGAAAUGCGAGUUCAACAAGGAGCGUCUGACGUUCUUGGGGCAUGUAAUUGGUGCACAGGGUAUUUCCCCAGAUCCCCAGAAAACGGAAGCUGUCCUGAAGAUGGCACAACCUACCACAGCAACGGACCUACGGAGAUUCAUGGGUAUGGUCAAUCAGCUCAGCAAGUUUACCCCACACAUCGCCGAAUUGUCAAAGCCUCUUCGUGAGCUUCUGAGCAGUAGGCGGUCAUGGGUGUGGGGACCGUCCCAAUACGACGCUUUCUCAAAGGUCAAGAAGGAAUUGACUACACCGAAAGUUUUAGCUUUAUACGACCUGGAAAAGGCAACAAAAAUCUGUGCAGACGCCUCUGCUUAUGGGCUGGGAGCAGUUCUUCUGCAGCAGCAUCAACCAGCAGUGUGGAAACCCGUCGCCUACGCCUCCCGGUCCAUGACCGAGACAGAACAGAGAUAUUCUCAAAUUGAGAAGGAGAGUCUGGCUCUUGUGUGGGCGUGCGAGAAAUUCUCAGACUACGUUAUUGGGAAGUCUAUCCAGUUGGAGACUGACCACAAGCCCUUGGUCCCUCUACUUGGCACAAUGAGCCUCGAUCGACUCCCACCGAGAAUCUUGCGAUUUCGAUUACGUCUGACACGGUUCGACUACAAAAUAUCCCAUGUUCCGGGGAAGCUCCUAUAUACGGCGGACACACUCUCUCGCGCACCUGUGACCCCUGCAGGGGAAAAUGAUAAAAACGAAGAGAGUGCGACAGAGUCGUUUGUUGAAGCCUUUAUCUCGUACCUUCCUGCAAAUGAAGACCGUCUGGAUGCAUACCGGAGAGCCCAACAGGAAGACCCUAUUUGCUCGGAGGUAAUGACAUAUGUCAUGCAGGGAUGGCCCACCAGAAACAAAAUUAAGGGAGACCUCGCUCGAUACUGGACAGAACGCGGAGAGCUCAGCACCCAUGACAACCUACUACUGUAUGGCAGCCGCAUUGUGGUUCCAAAGAAAUUGCAGAGAGAGACAUUGCAGAAAAUACAUCAAGGGCACCAAGGCAUUCAGAAAUGUCGCCAAAGAGUUUUAUCCUCAGUAUGGUGGCCCGGGGUAACCAAAAACGUUGAAGAAUUCGUCAAGGCAUGUCCUGAUUGUCAGCGAUCCACCCCCACUGCCACUGAACCUCUUCUGUCAACCCCUCUCCCUAACCACCCUUGGGAACGUGUUGCAGCCGACCUGUUUGAGUUGAAAGGGGUUUCACAUCUCCUUGUAGUAGACUACUAUUCCAGAUACGUAGAAGUUCAGAAACUGACCACUACUACCUCGACAAAUGUUGUUACCGCUCUGAAAGCCAUCUUCUCUCGCCACGGCGUUCCAAUCACGUUUGUGAGCGACAACGGACCACAGUUUGACUCAAAGGAGAUGAAACACUUUGCUGCAGCCUAUGGCUUUAAUCAUGUAACUAGCAGCCCACACUACCCGAGGGCCAAUGGAGAAGCAGAGAGAAGCGUGAAAACCGUUAAGAGCUUGCUAGAUCACUCUCCUGACCCGUAUAUGGCCCUACUCAGUUAUCGGGCGACCCCUUUGCCAUGGUGCGGUCUUAGUCCUGCAGAACUCCUGAUGGGGCGACGUAUACGAACAGAUGUUCCACAGAUGAGAAAACUGCUCAUUCCUGACUGGCCCCAUACGAGGGAUUUCAAAACGCUGAACGAGAAGUACAAGGAAGGACAGAAACGCCAUUAUGACCAACGUCACCGAGCCAGACUUCUACCGGAGCUACCAGAGGACACCCCGGUCUGGGUACACACCCAAGGGAAACAAGUAGCCGGGAAGAUUGUACGACAAGCCGACACUCCCAGGUCAUAUCUCGUUAAUACACCAGGCAGAGAUCUACGGAGAAACCGGAGUCACUUGACUAUCAGAAACGACAACACCGUACCAGACGAUCCUGAGAAGCAGCCUGAUACUCAACACGGACUAGUCACUCGCUCUCAAGCGGGCCACACCAUUCGACCUCCUAACCGGCUGGACUUAUAGUUUGUAGCUGCUGGCGGACACUAUAUCCCUAGGAAGGGAGAUGUAGAGUAAUGACAUUAGUAUUGGUUGUGUGCGCGCGCUAGUAGAAUAGUCUAGAAGUAAGGGACGCAUGCGUACUGCAGUCGUUGAGUUAUUACAGAGUCUGUUGAGUUUGUUGAAGCUCGUGAGUAAACUUACGACGACACUACAACUUUAGCGACCCACACAGUAGCCCAAUGAUGCCCAGUGAGUCUGCCUGCAGAAAUCUGGCUGGAAGAAUCAAUGAGCAGGCUGGAGACAACACUCAAGCCGGUGCAUUCCUAUUUGACGUAUUCAAUCUUGAAGGAAUUAGAGAGUUCCAAGCAAUACAUGAAGCCAAAUCCAUUGCCUCCCAGCAGACCAUUCCCAUGCCAAACUGCACGCAGAAGAAGAUGCUCCUAAAGCACACGUCAGAUGUCAUUCCUUCCUUUACAACUCCAACUGACACAAGAGACGAGUUCUCAUUACUGAUAGUUAGCCAAGCAACACACAAGAGUGAU